AGGUCGUCCAAUAUGGUUUUCUUAAUUACCACCACAAAGCGAAACGACGGACAGCGGAGUGCAAGACAUGCGGCACAAAGAUAUCACAUAGCCAGACGACAUCGUCAAACUUUGUCCGUCACCUGAAGAGUCACUCUGCACAAAAUCACACCCCCUUGAUAAUAUCUGCUGAAUCAGCGGAAUUGCACAUUGAAAAGCUGUUUGGAAACUCUGCACACAAGAUACGAAUCUGAAAGAUGUCAGUGGAGAUGAGCAGCAAGUCAGGGGAGAUUGAGUGGGAAGCCUUGAACACGAUGCCUGCUGGCAAUAAGACAAAAUAUGGAAGGAAAAGUCCAGUGUGGUGGGCUAGAGUUACUGCAGUGGGUCUGGGACUUCUUCUACUCAUUGCGAUCUUUGGCUUUGUGGCCCACAAUACCGACGCCAUCAGUCACCUGAACUCACUUAAAGUUGGGCUGAUGAGAUCUGAAGAACGGCUUUCGAAUCUGACGAAGGACAACAUCGCAUUGAGAGAUGAGCAACACGAACUGAAGCUUAACAUCAGCAGGCUGACUGAAGAGAUGCAGGCUCUGAAGGGCCAAUAUGGCGCUGUGGCUGUGAGCCAACAUGAUUUACUACAGGAGUUCAGAAGGCUCAAUCACAGCGUAACAGCUAAGACGUGCCAACCCGGAUGGGUAAUGUUCAACGACAAGUGCUACUACGCCUCAGCAAGAGAACAGACCAAAACCUGGGAUGAGAGCAGGACGGACUGUCUGCAGAGAAGAGCCGACCUGGUGAUCAUAAACUCAAGAGAAGAGUUAGAUUUUGUCACCAAAAUGCACUCCUCGGCCUGGAUCGGUUUGUCUGACAGACGGCAAGAGGGUACAUGGAAGUGGGUGGAUGGGUCUAACCUGGAGGGUGAGGGGUUCUGGCAAAAGGGGGAGCCAAAUGCGGCCGGAGACGAGGACUGUGUGCACAUCAGCAAUUCAGAAGGGGAAUGGAAUGAUUUGAAUUGCGGUGGGAAACAACCGUGGAUUUGUGAGACUUAGGGUUGGAUGGGUUUGUUUUUGAGCUGAACAUAUGUGGUUUUAUUCACUUAGCAUCUUAUUGUAUUGACUCUUUUUGUCCGGUUGUCAUUACUUUUGGGAAUUGUUCUUUUGGUUGUGUUUGUAUUCCACAGCUAAAAGAUAUUAAUGUAAAGUCAUAUCUAUAAAACAUUAGAUUUCAUGGUAUUGACCAUUAGAAAUAAGCAACUGGAAAUACAUACACAAUUUUGCAUCCCGCUGCCUCCAUAACAAUUAAAAAAAUAAAAACCAUGCUGAGUUGA